ACAUUCUUACGCAUAUAAUUAAUAAUUAUUCUAAAGCACCCAGUUGAGAAUAUUCCACACCAAUAAUUAUAAUUAACUUACGCCAGCUUUCUUCGACGCGAUUUAAUGCAUAAACUCGGUUUAACUGUGCUAUUAGCCAAUGAAACACUCUUAUUUUCAAGGUAAACGGAGCUUCUGCAUUGAACCGCGUUGAAGAAAAUGGGCCUCAGUAUUUCUUUUUAUGAUGAACCCACUUAAGUACAAUAAAAUCUCGAUUCUAUUAGUUGAAUUCCAUAGUAUUCACAUGUGUAAUUUUAGAAAAUAAUAAGUCUUUAACAAGUUUAUUAUAAACUUGACAAAGCUCAUCAAAUGUACUUGAACGCUCUAUCUAUUGAUACAGAAAUAAUAUAUCCGUUUACACCAACCCCAAAAAAAUCGAUUUCAAAAGAAAGUCCAAGGAGCAGUCUUACGUCGGCUAAUGACGUUGAUAAUAAAAAUGAAAAAAAAUGUAUAUAUAUAUACAUAUAGGUACAGUCAGUACACGUAUUGCCGAAUAAUAAUUAACCUUCGAUUCUAUAAAUGCAGGAUCGUGCAUGUGACAGAAAACCCCUCGUGAAGGACCCCUCAGAUCAGGCUGUUAUAUCGCCUUUGAAAUAAUGCUGUUUGACCGGUGCCCGUCACCAAGCACAAUGAGCUCGUUAGGGUUCCAGGUUGUUGAAAGGGAUGAUGCCAUCGAGGGUUGUAAAGACUUCAACUCCGGGAGGGGUUGAUGCGAACACCGAGAGACGUGAAACUUGGUCUGGAAAAGUCGAUUUUCUUCUCUCAGUUAUUGGAUUUGCUGUCGAUCUUGCGAACGUAUGGCGAUUUCCAUAUCUAUGUUACAAAAAUGGAGGUGGUGCUUUUCUUGUUCCUUACUGCGUGAUGUUGGUAGUCGGAGGGAUACCUUUGUUUUACAUGGAACUUGCCCUGGGUCAAUUCAACAGGAAAGGCGCCAUCACUUGCUGGGGUCGAUUGGUACCCCUUCUUAAAGGAAUUGGUUACGCAGUGGUAUUGAUCGCGUUCUACGUCGAUUUUUACUAUAACGUCAUUAUCGCCUGGGCAUUGAGAUAUUUCUUUGCAUCCUUCUCGGGUAUGUUACCAUGGACAACGUGUAACAAUUCCUGGAACACGCCACGAUGUCGUGAAUUCGAUGUAAACGUCUCCUACGUGGAAGGCUGGGGCUUUUCGUCCCUUGAAAAUUUGGCUAAUUGGUCGCAAAAUCAUCUGGAAAGUUUUGUCGAUCCUUAUGGUAUUGAUAACAGUACUAAAUAUACCAGCGCUGCUCAGGAAUACUUCAAUCGAGCCAUCCUCGAGUUACACGAGAGUGGCGGUUUACAUGAUCUCGGUGCUGUCAAGUGGGACAUAGCAUUGUGCCUCUUCGUGGUUUACCUCAUUUGCUAUUUUUCUCUGUGGAAAGGAAUCUCUACGUCAGGAAAAGUCGUUUGGUUCACUGCACUGUUUCCUUAUGCUGUUUUACUUAUUUUACUGGUACGCGGUGUCACUCUGCCUGGAAGCGACGAAGGAAUACGAUAUUACUUGAGUCCCAAUUUUUCAGCAAUUACAAAGGCCGAGGUCUGGGUAGAUGCAGCUACGCAGGUAUUCUUUUCCCUGGGUCCUGGAUUUGGUGUUUUACUUGCUUAUGCCAGCUACAAUAAGUAUCACAAUAAUGUAUACAAGGAUGCUCUGUUGACAAGUGUGAUAAACAGUGUCACUUCCUUCGUGGCUGGUUUUGUCAUUUUCUCAGUACUUGGCUACAUGGCACAUGCCAGUGGGAAAUCUAUUCAGGACGUAGCUACAGAGGGUCCUGGUUUAGUAUUCAUUGUUUAUCCUGCUGCUAUUGCUACCAUGCCAGGAUCUAUGUUUUGGGCACUGAUAUUCUUUAUGAUGCUGCUCACACUUGGUCUGGACAGUUCGUUCGGUGGCUCCGAAGCAAUUAUUACGGCAUUGAGUGACGAGUUUCCAGUAAUCGGUAAAAAUCGUGAGAUCUUCGUCGCCUGUCUUUUCAGUCUCUAUUUUUUAGUUGGUCUUGCGUCUUGUUCUCAGGGUGGCUUUUAUUUCUUUCAUCUACUCGACCGAUAUGCUGCUGGUUAUUCAAUGCUCUUCGCUGUUUUGGCUGAGGCUAUUGCUGUCAGUUGGAUUUAUGGAGCUGAUCGCUUCUGUGCGGAUAUUAAAGACAUGAUUGGUUUCUCUCCUGGAGUUUAUUGGCGCGUUUGCUGGAAAUUUGUAGCGCCUAUCUUCAUCAUGUUUAUUAUCGUUUAUGGUUUAAUGGGCUACGAACCUUUAUCAUACGAGGAUUACGUAUAUCCUCUAUGGGCAAAUGUCCUAGGUUGGUUAAUUGCGACAUCAUCAGUGGCUAUGAUUCCCGGGGUAGCCAUUUACAAGAUCAUAGUAACACCCGGUACAUUCGUUGAGAGGAUGAAAAUUCUAACAACACCUUGGAGAGAUACUCAACAGAGGUCGACAGUGUCUUCAACAGCGAAUGGAGCAGUUAGAAGAAGCUUCGUGGGAGCUGAAGGACUUGAUGUCACCAAGGAGCACCCGGAAGUAACGAAGGAACAAACGGAAGUGACGAUUCAAGAGUGUGAAAGCGUUAAUGGCGAUCCACCACCUGAACCGGUCUAGGAAAACAGCGUUGUGGUCCUACAUGGAGCUAGAUUUCAAGUUUACUUAUGUUAAGGAAUUGAUUUUUUAAUUUUAUUUUGUAACAACGAAGAAUCGUUAAUGAUGGACGACUGCACUAGAAUUAUUUAUCGCAUUUAGAAAACAGCAAAAGACCGUAUAAAAGUAUAACUCCAUGACGAUUAGCUCUUCCUCUUAUGUCAUUCCUGUAAAAAGUCUAAUCGUAUGCAUCUCUCGCUAGUUAAAUGUUUACUGUGCGGUACGAGUAGUUUCCGUAAUAUAUUUAAAAAACCAAAAAUCAUACUGUAUAUUAGAAUCGCCAAUUGUAGACGUAUCCUAAUGAGAUUGAGGUAAACGAGGUAAUAACCCAUAUUACUUUACAUAGACAUACUCUGUGUGUAAAUAAGUAUACAUGAUCGCAUUGAGCGUCGGCAGGUUUCAGGUGGAACAGUAAACAAAUAGCCUAGAAAAAAUUAGAAAGUAAUUGGGAAUUUAGUUAUCGCUUUAUAAGUUGUCUUAGACGGAACUAGUCAUUAGAAUUUAAGAUAAUCUGAAAAUGACUGUUCGAUUAGGUAAAGGCUUUAGUAGAAAAGUAGUCAUGUAGUUACUGUAGUUAUUUAAAAAUUCCUAAAAUAAUUAUCUCUUGAGUUCAUGAGAAAACUAAUACUAUAUUCUCAUGUAGUGUGUUACGAGCAAAGAAAGCUGUGCAAAGUUGACAAUUGAAAAUCUAAUGAAUAUUCCUAUAAAGAUUACAAACGGUAACAGAGAGAAAACAAUUCAUAAGGAUCGAAUGAAUGUGUCGUGACUAAACAAUGGAAUUACAUAUACUUUUUAAUUAUCAUUCAAUUACUCUACUACAUAUUUCACCCAGGCCCAACAAUCUGCGUCUGGGUAUACUUGCUGUGUGGACUAUACACGAAUUGUAACCGCCAGAUAACUGUAAAACAGUCUGUAAAGUAUCUAACGACGGAAGAUAAUUAUUAGAUCAGACUAAAUGGCGACAGGUGCGUCUUAUCAGAGUAUGGAAAAAAUCUAAUCGUACAGUAAUGGAAAAAAAAAUUAUUUAUCCAUAAGUAAAUCCAAUCUCAACUUAAUCAGGAUUAAGUCAAGAUUUUACUUAUCGGGAAUAACCUAACAGCCUAUACAAUACUUAUCGUUUAAUGGUUAAUCAUCAAAGUUGUCUUCCUUCUAUAUCAUCAUUCUAAUCUAUAUAAAUGAAUGAGGCUUCUAAUAAUAGCCUUCUGUAUUACUGUUCUACCUCUCUGGAUACUAGCAAUGGUGACAUUCCAUGCUGAACAUUAAAGUCGCGAAUUGAUCUCUCCUGAAAAUUAUCAUAUUAAUAAAUAUAGUUUAAAAGUCUAUAUAUAUAGAAAGAUAUAAAAAUCCUGCGCUUUAUUAGGGAAUGUAAUAAUAAGAUCUGUGCGAUUGUACAGUCGCUGACUCUUGCGCAAUAAUUACGAUACACUGAUGUUAGGCAAUGAAAAGAUGACAUGUACUAAAGUAUAUCAUUAAUUAUAUCGUGUUGGAAGUAUAACGUAGAAUUUGUCGUAUACAUUAUCUUAUAGUAACAUGAGUUAGAUAUAUUGUAUAGCUGGUUGUUGACUAAUAAAAUAUAUAUUUUGUACAUCGCAUCUGAACUGCAGCCACAGCCAUAGGUAGCAGUUCAGGCCUUGUUGUUAGUAUUAAUGAAUUAGUAACGUAAGAUAAUAAGAAAUGACAAGAUAAGAACGGCUGGUUAAAAUAUAAUAUAUUAUUAUAAUGUCUACGUAUGUACAUGCAUAUGUCAGUUGCCGUUUACACGUAUUGUAGUAGUACUUAUUGUUAAAGGAUAAUAGGCUUGUUAUUAUUAUUAUUAUACGAUUAUUAUUAUCAGCCUGACGUUCAUUAUCCUUCAAGAGCCAUAUUGAAGGAUUAAUUUAUUGUACGUCAUGGAGAUUUCACAGAGUUUAUAAGAGUAAAUGGAUAUUGAUUUUUCUCCUGUUUGUGAACUAUAGUUACUGCUUUAAAAAAUUAUCCUUUUACACGUAGAAGUGUCACCUGUGUAAAGAUGGUUUUGUCGAAUAAAAUUUGUUUCUUUAUAAUAAAA